AUGUACGCAAAGUCGGAGGGAGAUAAUAUUGAGGACGGACGGAUGCAGACAGGACAUGGAUGGAUAGUAUGCAUGACUUCGUCCAGUAAGGGUAAAUGGUGCCGUACGGGGCUGCAGCCAGAUCGCCUCCUACAGCGGUUUGAACCUGAGAGAAGGGAGCGGUGGGUGGGCGAUCCCUGUAAGAUAGUAUACAACAACUCAAUUGACGUGAAAAAUGAGCAGCAAUGGCAGCAGGGCUUUAGUAGAGACAAGAGGGUUCAGAGCAACUCUGGACACCCUGGCCAUCCCCAUGCACAAACCGAAUCCAUGACGACACCUUACCUUCAGAGGAUCUGUCGAAAUUCAAACAGAAGCAAAAAGUCCAAUACCAUUGUAGGAGACGAUCUGGCUGCAGCCCCGUACGGCACCAUUUCCCCUUACUGGACGAAGUCACGCAUACCUUCCACAGGCCGUUGCGGACCAUCACACGAGGUUGCGGAAUCCGCGCACUCAUCGCAUCACAUCACAUCACAUCGCAUCGUACUAUCCGUCCAUGUCCUGUCUGCAUCCGUCCGUCCUCACUGUUCCGGUUUCUUACGGACUCUGUUAUAUACUACGUUGCGGACUCGUAUCCAGCACUUUCCUACAUUCCUUCUCCCUGGUUUUGAGUUCCUUUGCAAGGCGGUUUCUGCACGUCUUCGCAUAUACCUGGUACCUAGUUCGCUCUACCCGAUUACCUGUUCCGAUACCCGGUACCCUACCCGUUUUGCAUACCUGGUACCCUACCCGUUCGCAUACCUGGUACCCUCUAGACAUUCACUUGUUUCUCCGCAUCCGCAUACCUCGCAUCUCCGCAUACCUCGCAUCUCCACACAUUCUUGCAUCUCCACAUCUCCUCGUGUACACAGCCGUUCUGUCUUCAGCGCACUCCUUCCUUCUUCACUGUUCCCCUCGCUCAUACUUGAGGAACUGCUCUCAGAGCUAUCCCCUUGGGUCGACUACUAUUCUCGCACCCAGCAGGAUCGGUACGCUAUCACUAUAGCGGACUUCUAUGAUUUCUCCCACACCGUGCGGUGCACGUGA